AUGCCCCUCCGCAGCCUGCACGCGGCUGCCGUCCUCCUACUCGUGGUCUUAAAGGAACAGCCUUCUAACCCAACCCCACACAACGGAUCCAAGUGGACCUAUAUAGGUCCCGACGGGGAGAAGAGCUGGUCCAAGAGCUACCCAUUAUGUGGGGGCCUGAUGCAGUCCCCAAUAGACCUGCAGGAUGACAUCCUCCAGUACAACGCCAGCCUUGUGCCCCUUGGCUUCCAAGGCUACAGUGAGUCUGCCAACCAGCAAUUUGUCCUGACCAACAAUGGCCAUUCAGUGAAACUGAAACUGCCCAAGGACAUGCACAUCCAGGGCCUUGGGGCCCGCUACAAUGCCUCGCAGCUGCACCUGCACUGGGGGGACGAGAAUGAACCUCACGGCUCGGAGCACACUGUGGGCGGGAAGCACUUUGCUGCCGAGCUGCAUAUGGUCUUUUAUAACUCGGACCUGUACCCCAAUGCCAGCAUCGCCAGUGACAAGCCAGAAGGCCUCGCGGUCCUAGCUGUUCUCAUAGAGGUGGGCUCCUUCAAUCCAUCAUAUGACAAGAUCUUCAGUCACCUUAAAGAUGUAAAGUACAAAGGCCAAGAAGUGUCCAUUCCGGGUUUCAGCAUUGAAGAGCUGCUGCCAAAGAGGCCUGAGGAGUACUACCGCUACCGAGGGUCCCUGACCACACCUCCUUGCUACCCGACCGUGCUCUGGACGGUUUUCCGGAACCCUGUGGAAAUUUCCCAGCAGCAGCUGACAAAUUUGGAGACAGCCCUGUACUGCACACGGGUGGAGGACCCGUCCCCUAGAGAGAUGAUCAACAACUUCCGGCAGGUCCAGAAAUUUGAUGAGAGGCUGGUGUACAUCUCCUUCCGACGUGAAGGGCCAGACGCUACCUACACAGGACCGAGUCUGGGUAUCGUCCUUUUCGUGGCCCUGGCUGGCGUUCUGGGCAUCUGUAUUGUCCUGGCAGUAUCCAUUUGGCUUUUCAGAAGGAAGAAGAGCAGCAAAAAAGUUGCCAACAAAGGAGUCAUCUACAAACCGGCCAUCAAGCAGGACGCUGAGGCCCGUGUGUGAGGCCCUGGCACGCCCAGGCGUGUCCAAGG